GAAAGCAGGCAUAAUUUCGCAAUUAUACAUAAAACUCGUGUCUAUCUAGUAAAAAACGGAAAUUAGUACUAUAAAAUAUACUAGGUCACAACUAUAUAAACCUCCAAAUCUUCGUACUCCGUUUUAUCUGAUGAACGCCCAUUUAUUUAUCUAUCAAGAGCUUCCCCCAAACCCUAAAAAGUUGCAUUUUUUUCAAGAAAAAGAAUUGUGGUUUGGUUGAAAGAAUCUGUGGAGAUGAUGGGGAGUAACAGGAGGGAAGAAGGGUCAGUGAUGGUGAAGAAUUCGAAUGUAUUUGCGGCGCUUGAUACUUUGAGGAAGAAGAAGAAAUCUGAUAAGGAUAAGAGCAGUAAAGGGUCAUCAUCAAAGAAGGAACCGGAGCCCCAAGUUUCGUGGGCUCCGGCGCCGUUGACGGUGAAAUCUUGGGCUGAUGUUGACGACGAAGAUGAUGACGAUUACUACGCUACCACUGCUCCUCUCAACACUUUUUUGGGUUCUAAGGAACGUGAAAAAAAACCUGAACAACCUGUUGAGGAAACAGAAAGUGACGACGACCUUCUUGAUGAAGAUGAAGAUGUGGAGGAGGACAAUGACCAUGAAUCUGAGGUUCCAGAACAUGCUGAGCCAGUAGGCCAAAAGAUAGAAGCUUCACCAGCUCCUAAAGAAGCUGAGAGACAACUAUCAAAGAAGGAGAGAAGGAAAAAGGAGCUUGCUGAAUUGGAGGCACUUUUAGCUGAUUUUGGGAGUGAACAAAAGGAGAAAGGUCCAGACGACCUACCUGAUGUUGCCCAUGAGAAGAUAGAGGGUGACCAGCAAGGAAAGAAUAUGGAAAAGAAAAAUGGUGCGACUUCAGAGCCUAAAAGUGCAAAGAAGAAGAAAAAGAAGGAUAAAGCAUCCAAGGAGGUGAAGGAAUCAGAGGAUCAGCCCAACAAUGUAGAUGCCUCUAUCGGACCCGAGGAAACUGGAGGAGCUGGACAAGUAGAAGAUGUGUCAACUGUGGAUAUCAAGGAGAGGCUAAAAAGGGUGGCUUCAGCAAAGAAGAAGAAAUCCGGGAAAGAGCCAGAUGCUGCUGCAAGAGCUGCUGCAAUAGAGGCUGCUGCACGGAGUUCCAAGCUUGCUGCAGCAAAGAAAAAAGAGAAGAGCCAUUACAACCAGCAGCCGAUGCGAUAAAUUCUACCUCAGCAUGGAAUGAUCAGCGUCAAUGGUCCGAGUUUCAAACAGUUUGGUACACACUAAAUCCUUUUUUUGCUGGUGUAGAAUAAGAUUUUGGUCUCUAGUCUUGGUCUUUGGGGCACAAGAAGAUUAUGGACUAGUUUUUGGGGCUUGGGUUAAGUUGAGGAAAUGAGAAAAAAGUAAAAGAAAAAAAAAAGUGACUGGCUGGACAAUUUUUGAUGUAUGAGAACGGUAUCUGGAGAUCUGGUUAGUAGUGAGUAAACUUGUGUGAAAAAGUAGCACAUUGAUGCUAGUGCUAUUGAACUAUGGUUUUGGUGAUUGAAAUAGUAGUAUUAUUUACUUUUUAA